AUGGCCUUGAACAAGUGCUUUAUUUCCCUUCAGAUUGUGAAUGGAUACUUUGUGCACUUCUUCGCUCCUCCUGACUUGCCCAGAGUCCCAAAGAAUGUGGUGUUUGUGAUUGACAGGAGUGGAUCAAUGGGUGGACAAAAGAUGACACAGACCCGCGAUGCACUGGUUGCCAUUCUGAAAGACCUCCACGAAGAGGACCACUUUGCUCUUAUCCUGUUUGACAAUGAAAUUAUCACCUGGAAGAACUAUCUUACCAAAGCUACACAGACAAAUGUGACUGAAGCCAUUGCCUACGUCAAGAAGAUAAGAGACAAUGGAUGUAAGAAGAAAACAUGUGGUACCAACUUGUAUGCCAUAUUUGAUGUGCACUUCCUAAUCAGAUUAAUUUAAAGGUCCCAUGUCAUGGCC